CAUCUGUUUCUUUAGCCGAUUUUUGUCUCGGCCGCUGACCUUUCCACAUUAGAGUUACAAUGCGUGAGUGCGCUGAGCAGGCUCACCGGGUGGUUGCAAGUUACAAACCUUCCAACUUUGACAAAAAAAUCCUUCUCUGGACUGGACGUUUCAAGACAGAAGAAGAGAUUCCUCUGAGGAUCUCGCCAGAGAUGCUAGACAAGGCAAGAAACAAAGCUCGAGUGAAAGCCUGUUACAUCAUGAUUGGGCUCUCAAUUAUUGCCUGUUUUGCGGUGAUUGCUUCAGCUAAGAAGGCUGCUGCACGUCACGAGUCCUUAACGAGCUUAAACUUGGCAAAAAAGGCCAAGUGGCGGGAGGAGGCUGCGCUGGCCGCGGAGGCAAAGACAAAGUAACUUCGUCUGAGAUGCCGAAUGCCCUCAGAAGAGCAAAAUUAACUGCUGCUGAGAGCAAUCAGUGAGUUUCAUCCCUAAAUUGACCACUGUAGUAUGCGCACCCUGGAGCCAGUAAGGACAGCCACAGCAUCACAAAAAGAAAGGGAAGGUCUCUCAUUAGGAUGAUAUUCAGGAUACUUGCUGCAUAUAAUUAAAACUAUUUAGAAGGUUUUGCAUAUGAUUAAAAGCAGUAAUUCGUUUUAAAGGAGGUGAGGUAGUUUCCUGAGAAUGUCAGUUACCUUUGGAUAGAUAACCACAAAAUAUUUAAACCCAAGAAGUUUUCUGUCUGGUGACAGUGCAUAGUUUUUCAGAGCACAAAUUGCCAUUUGGAACUCACUGGCAUGAAUGCUGUAUUCAAAAUGCUAUUUGCAUUUUUUAGUUUUAAGAAGCAACACUUACUGAAUCACUAAAUACAGCCAACAUCUGUAAAAUAGGUUUUAU